CGCCCAUGGUGCACGAGUGAUUAACUCGUAGGCCGGAUAGUAUUUACUGAACAUUGAGCAUUACGAGUAUUGCUUAUGCGUUAUCGAUGUGAAUUCAAGUAAUGCUCAUACUCUGGAAUGUUUGUUCUGUCGUUCUGUAAGUUCUAUGUUUGUGCUUAUAGAUAGAUUGCCUAUUUUUCUGGAUAGAGAUCAUUGAUAUGAAUUCAGAAACUUGUACUUUUAGCGCUAGCUUCUAUAUUUGUCCUUAUAUAAACUGAAGUACACAUUGUAUAUUCCCAACUGAAGUACUUAGGGCCUCUUUGAUUCGUAGGAUUUUAGAAACGUACUUAAAGGAAAAGUAUAGGGUUGGAGUGGCAUGCCCACUUGAAUCCUAUAGAAUUAGCAAUGAGUGUUUGAUGGUAGGGGAAAACAGAGGAAUUGUAAAAAGAGGUUGAAGUGGAUGUUAUAUUUUCUAUAAAAUGUAGUACAAAAGAUUUCAUAGGAAAAAAUUCCGUGAGAUUCAAUCCUAUGAAUCAAAGGACCAACAUAAGAAAAAAUCCUAAGGAUUUUAAUCCUCCAGAAAUCCUAUAAAAUUCCUUUGAAUCAAAGGAGCCCCUAUUGUGUAAAAAUUGUCUAGGCUGGUCCAGUGGCAUUUGUCGAGAAGUUUCUCUGUUCAGUGGCAGGCACCAUGAGUUCUUUGAUAUUAGUCUUCUACCCUGUCCUGCAUUAUGUUCAUACUGGUGACUUUGAAGCGACCAUUAAACUGUGGGAUUGCAUCGGAAUUCAGAUUGCGCUUCUCAACAGUAUCUUAUGGCUCUUGUAUGGUAUUGUUGUCCUCAAGAGAGAUAGCGCUCAUGAUGUGAUAAUAUCAAAUUCCUUAUUCUGUGGAGUAAAUCUGGCCUACCUGCUAAUGAUUUGUGGCUAUGAAAAGAAGAAAAUCAAGUUAACGUUUCAGGCUUAUCUCUGGUUUACCGGGACGAUGCUGUUCCUUCUGAUGGCUCUUAUUAUCCUUCAAGUCGAAAUUGAGGGCCACCCUGCUCAUGUUUUGGAGUAUGUUUUUGGUGUGUUAGCCCUUUAUCUGCUGGGUUCCGCUCAUGCUAUUCAGAUGUAUCAGCUUUUUACCUUGGACACGAAGAUGGAGCUCCUAACUGUCCUGAUGACUAUUAUGCCAAGCUGCAUCUUCUGCAUUGUCCAGGCAAUUGUUACCUUUAUUAGCCACAAGAACCAGCGCAUCAUGGUGAUCUCAUCCUCUCUAAACUUGGUGUGCUACGGCUUGGAGAUACUGCUGUUGAUUCAAGUUCACAAAAAGUUGAAGGCUCCAGAGGCCAUAAAGAAGUUAAAAUCUACUGUUGGCAGGUCAUUCCGCAGGAGACAAGACGAAGCUCAUUUGGAGGAUCGAGAUCAACCUAAUGAAGGGAAUGAUAGUGACUCCAAUGUUAUACCUCCUGCGCCGCCGUCAACACGCACUGAUUUACAAAGGGUUGUGGUCGCUAUCAGUAGAAUGGAAGCGCGAAACGAUGGUUGUAAGAUUGAGAUCGUUGAAGAAGGGGGAGAUGAACAGACCAAUGAGAUGCACGCGCUAGGAAUUCAAAGUCCAAAUCGUAUUAUUCCUUUGGGAGGGGACAAUGCUGGUCAACAUAAUGUGACCCCUCCAGUUCCAGCAGUCUCACUCCCACAUGCACCCAGGAAGCAUAGAAGAAAGGGAGGGGUAGCGAAAAAUGGAGUGUCUCGAAGGGGUGUUGAAGUGACCAAGGAAUCAGCUGGGCAAUGGUGGCAGUUCGGGUGCAAGUAGAUCAAGCCCUUCUCUCUUCUUUCGCAAGCUACAUAUGGCCUUGCAAUUUACAGACAGUCAGUCGUUGUUGGUGACAAUGACACAUGUACAGGAUCAGUUACCGAAUUGCAAACUACGGAGUACAUACAUAGCUGGUAAUAGGUAUCCUCAUUGGAUAGUUCUAUGUUCUUCCAAAUCGUUGGUUUUCUUGGCUGAAUUCCUUGUGAAUUGCAAACUAAAGAUUCAUAGCUGGUUAUACACAUGCUAGUUCAGUACUGACAGUUUAACUCUUGUGGUCCAAUAACUUGUUUGCUCCAUUCAA